GUUCCGCGCGAGCCGAUACGCACAAAACCUAGUGGAGCGGAACCCAAAACCCUCUCCUCGCCGCCCGUCGCCGCCCACGAAAAUGGCGGCGCUCGCCACCCUCCUCCGCCGCGGCCGCCGCGCCCACGCUCUCCUCCCACGCGCCCUCUCCACCACCACCACCGGCGCCGACCCAGCACUCACGGGGUCGGGCGCCAAGAAGCGUCUACGCCGGGAGCACGACCCGGACCGCGUCGUCUCCCUCAUCGAGGCCAUCGACACGGCCUCCCUCUCCGCCGCCUCCACCCGCCACGCACUCUCCCUCGCCGCGCGCCGCCUCUCCCGCUCCCGCCGCUUCGCCGACGCCGAGGCGCUCCUCUCCUCGCACCUCCCCGCGUCUCCCACCGAGCCCCACCUCGCCGCGGUCCUCUGCUCCUACGCAUCCGCCUCCCUCCCUGAGAAGGCCCUCUCCGCCUUCCGCUCCGCCGCGCCGUCCCUCCCGACCCCCAUCUCCCCGCUCCCCUUCAACGCCCUCCUCUCCGCAUUCCUCCGAUGCCGACGCCACCACCGCAUCCCGGUCCUCUUCGCCGAGCUCUCCAAGGAGUUCUCCAUCACCCCCAACGCCACCUCUUAUGGCAUCCUGGUCAAGGCCUACUGCAUGACCCGUGACGACGCUAAGGCGCAGCAAGUGUUGGAUCAAAUGCGUGAGCAAGGUAUCUCGCCGACCACCAGUAUCUACACCUCAUUGAUCGAUUCCAUGUAUAAGCAGAAGAAGACUGAGGAGGCAGAGCGCUUGUGGAAGGAGAUGAUGGAGAGUGGAUGCAAGCCCGAUGUGGCAACAUAUAAUGUGAAGGCUAUGUACCGCGGACUCCAUGGGAAGCCAGACGAAGUCCUCCUGGUGAUGGCGGAGAUGGAGGCGGCUGGAGUUAAGCCGGACACCAUCACCUACAAUUUCCUCAUGACUAGCUAUUGCAGGGAUGGCAAGGUGGAGGAUGCCAAAAGGCUGUACCAUUCACUUGCUGAGAAGGGGUGUUCAGCAAAUGCUGCCACAUACAAGCAUAUGUUGGCAGAGCUGUGCGCCCAUGGAGAUUUCGAUGCUGGUUUGGGCAUUUUCAAGGAAAGCUUGAAGAGGCACAAGGUGCCAGAUUUUAAGACAAUGAAAGGGUUGGUUGAGGGAUUGGCAAAGGAAGGCAGGGUGACUGAGGCGAAAGAGGUUAUUGUUGAGGUGAAGAAGCAGUUCCCUGAGAAUCUGCUGUCUGGGUGGAAGAAGCUCGAGAAGGAGCUUGGGUUGGACUCAGACAGUCAAGGCACUCCUCAGCCAGAAGGUACGUCUGAAGAAACACUUGUUGAGAAGUUUGCUACCGCAGAGACACUUGAGCUGGAAGAGUCUUCCGCUGAGGAAACCGCUGUAUCAGUAGAAUCCAGUGAAGAUGAGAUGCCUGCACCUGAAGCAUCCAUGAGUGAGGAAGUUCCGCGGGGCCCUGCUUGAUUGGAUAUUAUCAUGUUAUCCUAGUUUAAUUUGGAUAGGAUCUUUGCAUUGGUCACAUUCUCUACAUUGAAGUAUUGUUGAUGCUGCUCUGUAGAGGUAAACAUUAGGUUUUGGAUACAGACUCCUGAGCUGCUAAUGUGAAUAAUAAGAUGCAGGAUGUGACAACUUUCAGAAUGAAGAGAUGCCUCUUAAUGUGAAUCUUGUGUACGACGUUAAGAGCUAUUGUACUGGUGAUGCUUCUCUUAUUUGAUUAAACACAUUGCGUUUCA